AUGGCCGAAGAAGCGCAAAAGCAUAUCACUCGAGGUGCUCUGGAUGCUAUUUUCAACGACCCCAUCGCCCUCCAGGAGCAAUACCCGGUUCCGGUAUGCCAAUGUGUACAGAUCAAGACUCUUGCAUCCUCCGGCGAAGGCGCGGCGGAUCGUUAUCGUCUCGUACUGAGCGAUGUCGAUAAUUUUGUGCAGAGCAUGCUCGCCACUCAGGCAAACCAUGUUGUGCACGAGGGAAAGCUGAAGAAGGGUUCUAUCGUCAGACUCAAGCAGUACCAGGCAAAUGCCGUCAAAGGCAAGAGAAUUCUGAUUAUCUUGGACCUCGAGGUUAUCGAAAGCUUGGGAGAGAUGGAAAAGAUCGGAGACCCCGUUGCUCUUACUGUAAAAGAAGAGCCAGAUGUCAAGCCUGCGAAUACGACAAUUGCUGGCAACGGCUUUUACGGAAACCAGCCCAAGGCAUCCGCUCCCAUCAAGCAAGAACGAGCACUUCCUUCCCGGACUGGACCGUCGAGUUCCGCGUCGCAUGCUACCAUAUACCCCAUCGAAGGCUUGUCGCCAUAUGCUCAUAAGUGGACUAUCAAAGCUCGUGUGACUCAGAAAUCUGACAUCAAAACAUGGCACAAGCCGAGCAGUGAGGGAAAGCUGUUCAGCGUUAAUCUUCUCGAUGAAACUGGCGAGAUCAAGGCAACAGGUUUCAACGACCAAUGUGACCAGUUAUACGAGCUAUUCCAAGAAGGCGCGGUCUAUUACAUUUCGAGUCCGUGCAAAGUCCAACUUGCAAAGAAGCAGUUCUCUAAUCUCUCAAACGACUACGAGCUCACAUUCGAGAGAGACACGGUCGUAGAGAAGGCGGAAGAUCAAGCUGACGUCCCUCAAAUCCGGUACAACUUCACCGGCAUCGGAGAGCUUCAGAAUAUCGAGAAAGACUCCAUGAUCGACAUUAUUGGGGUUUUGAAAGAGGUAGCGGAUGUCAACCAGAUCGUGUCGAAGACCACACAAAAGCCUUUCGACAAGCGUGAACUCACUCUUGUCGAUGAGAGUGAUUUUUCUGUUAGACUGACAAUUUGGGGAAAGUCUGCGGUCUCCUUCGAUGCGAUACCCGAAUCGAUCAUCGCUUUCAAGGGCGCCAAAGUCUCGGAUUUUGGUGGUCGAAGUUUGAGCUUGCUGUCUUCCGGGACCAUGGCUAUCAACCCCGAUAUCUCAGAGGCUCACAAGCUUAGGGGGUGGUACGACUCCCAGGGACGAAUGAACACCUUCCAGUCGCACCAGAACAUGUCUGGCGCGGGAGCUGCCGGGGGUCGAAGUGAUCCCUUAAAGACAAUUGCGCAAGUCCGAGAGGAAAACCUGGGCAUGUCUGAGCAACCGGAUUACUUUUCCGUCAAGGCCACUAUCGUCUAUAUCAAGCAAGAUAACUUUGCCUAUCCCGCAUGCUUAAACGAUGGUUGCAACAAGAAGGUUAUCGACAUGGGCGACGGCAGUUGGCAGUGCGAGAAGUGCAACGUCAGCCACCCAAAGCCCGAGUAUCGAUACAUCAUGUCAUUGAACGUGAACGACUACACGGGCCAGCUGUGGCUGAACUGCUUCGACGAUGUCGGACGUCUGGUCAUGGGUCAUAGUGGUGACCAACUCAUGGAGCUGAGGGAGAAUGACACGGCGGCCAUGGAGAAGGCAUUCGAGACUUCAAAUUGCACGACUUACAUCUUCAAGUGCAGAGCGAAGAUGGACAACUUCCAAGACCAAACAAGAGUCCGCUACCAAGUCAUGAAUGCCUCGCCCGUCAACUUUGUUCAGGAGGCGAAGAAGCUCGCAGAUCUCAUCAAGUUGUACAACAUUGAUUAG